ACCAGGAAGUCACACCAAAAACCAGAGCAAGAGCAUGGAAAAACAGCUUGGGGAAUCAAGUUUUUAGAAAAGGAAGGAAAGAAUGAGAAGCCUAGAAAAGCUGUAGAAUGGCAAGGAAAGGCAGAGGCACGGAGGAGGGUUAAGAGUGGAGGAGGGAGCGGGAGGAAGGGGAAGGCAGAGACACUGGAGCGCGGACGUCAGGAACAAAAGCUCCUGUGGAGUCUGGCGGAGGCACUCAGAGAGCAUGGGGUGUUUUGAAUAAUUAUUAAAAUUAGCAUGUGUCUGCGCCAUCCUGUGGGUGUGGCGCAGAGCGGAGUGUAAACUCUAGCCGGGGCCCCUAGCAAACAUUGGAUUAGCGGCAGCAGCCUGCCAGAUUGCCAGCCUGCCAGCCUGCCCAGGAGCGCGGGGACCAGCGCGCCGCACGCCGACCUGCACGAUGGCCUCGUCUCAGGGGAGAAACGAGCUGAAAUUCGCCGACUGGAUGGCAACUCUGCCCGAGAGCAUCCACAGCAUCCCCCUCACCAAUCUGGCCAUCCCAGGAUCCCAUGAUUCCUUCAGCUUCUACAUUGAUGAAGCCUCUCCAGUAGGUCCUGAACAGCCCGAAACUGUCCAGAAUUUUGUAUCUGUGUUUGGAACUGUAGCCAAGAAGCUGAUGCGGAAAUGGUUGGCCACUCAGACGAUGAACUUUACUGGUCAGCUAGGAGCUGGAAUCCGUUACUUUGAUCUUCGAAUUUCUACCAAACCCAGAGACCCCGACAAUGAACUUUACUUUGCUCAUGGUUUGUUCAGUGCCAAAGUCAAUGAAGGUCUCGAGGAGAUCAAUGCAUUCCUCACAGAUCACCAUAAGGAAGUGGUAUUCUUGGACUUCAAUCAUUUUUACGGAAUGCAGAAAUAUCACCAUGAAAAACUGGUCCAAAUGCUGAAAGAUAUCUAUGGAAACAAAAUGUGCCCAGCAAUUUUUGCCCAGGAAGUUAGUUUAAAGUACUUGUGGGAGAAGGACUAUCAAGUGCUGGUCUUCUAUCACAGCCCAGUGGCUCUGGAAGUGCCCUUUCUCUGGCCUGGGCAGAUGAUGCCAGCACCCUGGGCCAACACCACAGACCCUGAAAAACUGAUCCAGUUUCUUCAGGCAUCCAUCACUGAAAGAAGAAAGAAGGGCUCGUUUUUUAUAUCUCAGGUGGUGCUGACUCCCAAAGCUAGCACUGUGGUCAAAGGUGUGGCAAGUGGCCUCAGAGAAACAAUCACAGAAAGAGCUCUUCCUGCCAUGAUGCAGUGGGUCCGCACACAGAAGCCAGGAGAAAGUGGCAUCAAUAUUGUUACUGCUGAUUUUGUAGAACUUGGCGAUUUUAUCAGCACAGUCAUAAAGCUCAACUAUGUCUUUGAUGAAGGAGAAGCCAACACUUGAUAAUGCUGUUUGGAGUGCCUAAGAAUAAGAUAGAGAAGACACAUUGUAUUAGACAUAUUAUCUAUAAACACUCUGAUCUUCCUAUUCCACUGAAUCUCUGAUGGGAUUAGGACUGGUAGUGGGUGGGAAAAUGGGAAAAUCAUUUCUUCAGUGAUUAUAAUCAUACUCGGCAUUGCUAUAAAUACUUCAUUUUCCAUUUGAUGAGCAAAUUCUACUAGUGUUAGGGAUAAAAUUAGUAGUGAUUUUGUUUUUCAAAAUUAGUCUUUGUAAUGUGUAACUCCUGAGUGUUUACUUGAUUGCAUUUUUUAAUUUCAACCUAGGGCUCCCAUUCUGUGACUUUUCCACUCCCUCUCUUGCUCAUUCUUUCUAAUCAGAUGAUGAAUGGGACUCAGAAUAAUUGAAUGCCCAGCAUAAUGCGUGUUACAUUAUCGUACUGAAAAACUAUUUGUUUUGUGGGACUUGAAAUAAUAUUCUGUAGUCAUCUGCAUUUGGCCAAUCAUAGAUAUUAGUCAUAGAAAAUAUACAUCAAAUCAAUUUCCCUACGUCAGUAAUAUUGGAUUCCAUAGUCAGUGAUUUUUGUGUUAUAUGAAAAUAAUAGCGUUUCAUAGUAUUUCUAUUUAAGGCAGCUAUAAUUGUAGUGUAAAAAUCUUUGGAAGGACUCUGUGUCAACUUCACAAUAAAAAUGAACAGUAGAGUGAGGGAGAUGGAUGCUGUUUUAAUCCAGCAAGCUCUUAAAUACCAGUGCCCUGAGAGUACUCAGUCAGUGAUAUAAGAACUGUGUUAAAAUCAGAACCUCAAAAAGAACUUAAGUCCUCUUUAACAAUUUUUUUUUUUCAAGAAAAGGAAAGAAAUGAAAGACCUUGCCAUCUAGUUCUAUAUAUAGUUCUAAACCUUGGAUUCUGAAGACUAUUUUUCUAGAAGCUUCAAAUUUUUAACUUGAAGAAAGAGGAAAAGUGGCAGAAGGAAUUAGAACAAUGUUUCUGAAAUUAUGUCCACACAAUCACAAGGAUCUAAAAUAUUUCUAGGAAAUGCCUGAAAUAUCUGUGAUCUGUGCAGACUUGUUUAAAACUUGCAUUGACUUAUCCCUUCUGGGUCCCAACUUAUGCCAGAGACAAGAUUAAGCAGAAAGUGAUAGUUUCAUGCGAAGUUUGUGUGACCUAACUUUGAUAAUCCAGGUCCAUAGGAAAGAACAAUGAUAACACAGGCUUAAGGGUUUCACUUUCAUUGGUGUCUUCGUAUUUGACCAUUCUGAUACAGUCUUGGAAAGGGUAUAAUUUUUACCUCUCAAGCAUAUUGUGGGGCAUUUAAAAAUUCUAAAAUUUGCUGAAAUUCUUACAAUUAUGAAUUAUUUUAUCUCCAUAGUUAAAAAUAAUCACAUCUCAAUAGUCUACUAGAAAAUACAGUUUUGUGCAAAUUCAGGCCUGAGAAAAAUAAAAGCAUGCCCAUAUCUUCAAUAACAUACAUAGUCAUUAUCUAUCUGAAAAUAGUACUCACUAGCAAUUGCAAAGAAGGAAUACAAAUUAUUUAUAAUGAAGACAAGUUUCAUGUGAAAUGUAAUAUCUUGUAUAGACCAGGUACCACGAGUAUACACACAACCAGGUAUGUUUAUACAUUGCAGUUCUGAUAUAUAUAUAUCCUACACACUAUAAACAUAUAGUCACUUCUAUGUAGUCCUACAUCAAUAUACACAAACACAAACACAUAUAGACAGAUACAGUAGAGUUCUUCUCAAAUAAAAUAAUAUAAUACAUUUCAUUGUCAGAUUGAGCCCCCAAAUAUACAAAGGGGUGAUAAAAGUUUUUGAAAAUGGGAGUUGUUGAUCUCACUAAAGUAUUUUUGUGGAAGUAUCCUGGCUAUUGUUUUAAAUAUUUACAAAAUAUAAUUAAUUUUUUAUUUCCACUUUCUCUGACCUUGUAUUUAUAUUGUGUAUCCCUUUUACUUUCUCUUUAUAUGCAAUUGAAAGUGGAUCAUUUUUAAAGGGUUAUGUUUUUAUUGAAAUUAAUAUACUAUAAAUUUACGGUUUUGUGCAGAUUUUCUCUUUAUUCUUAACCCCACACAAGAAUGUUUAGGCAAGCACAGUGUAAUGACACGAGAAAUUAAACUUACAAGUAUGACAAAAGCAGAUAUUUCAACCUAUUCCUAAAAAUGAAUACAAUAUUGAGGUAACUAUUUGGUAUGACCUUGAAGUUAAUGUUUGUUUAGAAUAAACUGUGUUAUAAUUGUCAUUUGGGUACUGUAAAGAACAAACAUGAUGAAGCAUUAGGCGGUGCAGUUUCUUAACUUGGGAAAGUUUUGUUGCCAGUAAUGAUAUGCACAGAGAAACUCUGUUAGACAAAAGCUAUUGUAUGGCUUUAAUGUGGACAUACAGUACCCACAGCAGGCACUGAGAGUAAAUGGGCUCACCUUAAUCUGCAAAGGGGGUCAGAGAUAGAUACAAACUAUGAGAAUAUUCAUUAAAAUAAAUUGCUUGGAAAAAAGAAUGGUAACAGAUUCCCUUUGGCUGUCUGGUGUUUAUCGGCUCUGCCCUGGAGCACACUUAGGGAGCAGACCGUGGGCCUUACGUUAAGAAAUGGGGAGCCAGGGAUUUAGCUCAGCAGCAUAAGCAUCUGCCUGGCAAGUGUGAGGUCCUGAGUUUGAUCCCCAGUUAAAAAAAAAAAAAAAAAAAAAGAAAAAGAAAUGGGGUUGAGAAAUAGUGAUAUGCAAUCAAAACUCAUCCUUAGCUAUGAUCCUUGGUCUUGACUGGGCAUUGUUUUUCCGGAUUUAGGAGCACAAGGGCUACAAAUAGGUCCCAAGAUGAUAGCAGAUACAUCUUGGUGCACUUUUUAUUUUGCUUGUUUCUUAAGGUGUUAUGUCAUAAGUCCUCCAAAGGCAAGUCCUUUAUCCAACCUGCAGCAGGAAAUCAAAGUAGUAGAUGGAAUGAGAGAAAAUAAGUAAAAGAUAUCUUGUAUUCAAGUUCAUUUUCCUGCCAGUAAUUUCAAAGUCCCUACAUAGUAAAAUCUUUUCCUGCCAUUAUCUUUUAUGUCUCUCUUAUUGCUACAUAAUCACAUGAAUGUAGAGAAUGAGGAGGCAUCCUUUAAAAGCCUUAGGACAUUCUAUAUGAUGACCUCAAUAUUCACUUUCAGCCAUACUGGGAAAACUCACUUUUCAUGGAGCGCCACCUAACAGUGAAUGUAUUAGAGCAUGAAGUGUUUGGCAUGAUGCACCACACACACACACACACACACACACACACACACACACACACACACACACAGAGGCAUACACAUAUAAACACACACACAUUAUUUAAGUUCAAACUGCAUCUGAUCAUCUAAGGUGACUCUGAUUUUAUGUGGUUUUUAUGGUAAUUUUAAAAUCAGUAUGUCUUAUUUCGGUAGACAUAAACAUAAUGCAAGUAUUCAAAUAUUUGAGGGAAGAAAAAUCAUGAGAAAACCUGUGAAAAGUGAGACCAUCAGAAAUAGGAAAUGCUUGACAGUAAUAUGUACUCUAAUUACAUUGUCAAUUACACCUCCUCUAGGGAAUCUAAAGUAGUCUUAUAUGUAAGUUACUUAAAAGUUUUUAAUUCCUUUGAGGCUUUGCCAUGUUUCUAGGAAGGAUUAUUUGUUUAGGAUCUCCUCUGUUAAGAUUCUAGACUGGAAAGUUGGAAGUCUCAGGAAAUGAGUGUUUUCAUGAGUUUUCAGUUCUCCAGCUUUACAAAUAAUUUUCUAACCUUUGGUUGCUCAGCCAACCAGGAUCUCCCUAGGCAGAGUGUUCACAUUUUAAUUGAAGUGAAAAUGAUGCAAAGUGUCCCUCAGGAUAUGCUAAAUAAGAUUUUUAAAGUAUUUUAUUUUAUAGCACUUUAGUCCUUCAACUAGAUUUCAAUGGCACCAUGGUGUAAAUGCUGUAUUUGCCAUAAUUUACUGGUGGCUCCUGUGUUACAUACCGUUUUGAAUAACGCUCCAAUUUGUUUUCCCAAUGACAAUGAUACAACGUUGUGUAGAAUUUGUGAAAGAUGUUGAAUCUGUUGAAAAUUGUGUAAUUUUAGUUUAUUCGUGAUAAUAGUUUGUAGUUAUUAGUUCUUAACAUGUAUUUGUAUGAGUCAAAACUAAGUACUUGUCAGUGGUAUGUGUAAGUAUAUUGUAUCUUAUAAAACUUAUCAAACUUAUCUUAAAGCAAAAGGGCACAUCAUGACCAGCCUUAAUUCACUGACAUUUUUAGUUAUUGUUGCUACACCUUGGAUUUAAUAUACAUAUAAAAAUUAAGUUUUUUAAAGAUAGUUUUUAAAAAUCAUAUGACAUAUGUUUUAGAGCUUUGCCCACAAGCAAAUUACAUAGCUUGUAGAGCACCCCUGGUUUUCAAAAUUAUCAAAGAUCAGUUGUAAUUAACUUCACCAUGCUAAUAGACUAAAUUUACAUGCUAAUAGACUAAAUUUGCUUCCAUUAGCUACAGAAAAACAGCACUGGUAAGGUUAUUCUUCCCAAGAUAGAGCUCUGUAAUGGUAAAUGUGUGGUUUUUUGAUUUAAUAAUACAUUUUCCAUGAAAAAUAGUUCCACCAUAGGCUCACUCUGGAGACAUGAAUCUUCCAAAGAUGAACAACCUUUGCUUUGUGAGUCAGUGAAGCUCCAUCAGCAUGAGGUGGUUCCAACAUGGCUCCCUUUGCAAAAAAACUCAUACUUUUUUUGUCUGCCCACUUUGUACUCUAACAGUAGAAAAUUCACGAUUAGGUCCAGAAUUUACAUAAGUAUCUGUGCUUGAAGUAAGAACUCUAAUCUUUGGGCUUCUUACUUUUGACAUUUUCAAACACUUUUUCCAAAUGUAGGAUUGCCAAAUAAAUACAAAACAUUAGACAAAUUCAAACUUCAGAUAAAUUAUACUUUUAGGGUAUUUACUUUAUAUUUCAUCAGACACACACUAAAAAUGCUGCUGUUUAUAUGGAACUCAAAUGUAAAUCAAUAUGACCUGUAUGUUUUCCUAAAUCUGGCAACCAUAUUCCUGUUUCUUCUAUAUCUUUUUGCAGCUGAGCUACCUACGAGAUAGAGAGUAAGCUCUGUCUCAUCCUUUAUAUUGCUAUGUUAUUAUUCUUCCUUUUUUGAAAGAAAAUAUUGGUCCAUGCCAGGUCCCACAAAUUCUUUAUGAAGAAUCAAAUGAAAAACAGAUGAAUAAUAGUCAAUUAUCUUCAUUAGAUUAAUUCUAUAAAAUUAAAAAUUCCCCUCAGUGGCCUAUUUUGAGGCCCACAGUCUCUCCACUAAUUCCUUGAAUAAUAUUCCCUAGAAAUUGGAACAACCAAAAACAUACCCAUGUAUUCAAAAUAUUUUUGGAAUGUGAUAGCAUCAUUCUAAACUAAUAUCAGGAUCUCUUUUUAAAAUUCAGUUUUGUUUUCUUUCAGAGAAAUAAUAAAUGAAUCUAUUGUUCUGUUCCCACCAUUAACAUUUUGUCAAAAACAUAUUUUUAUUAUGUUGGAACUAUCUAUAUAAUGGUAGAAAGUUGGACAUGGAAAGCACAUGCACUGUGGGAAGAGAGGAGUCUGGUGUAGAUGCUGUCCUGUAAAUUCCAUCUUGGAACAGCAAGAGGAGGUGGUGGGGACUGAAUGUGGUCCCUGACAUGAAAAUGAUAAUGGAUUUGAUAAAGCAAAUGAUAAUUAGUAAUAUUGAUCGAUUGAUUGGAAUUGGAAGCCCCAGCUAAAAAGCAAUGAGUUCUAAUGCUGCCUUUUGGAACUAUUUUCGGGGAAUAAAACCACGUUGGAACUCCUAAAAUAACAUUUAUGUGCUGCUGUUGCCAACACUGAAUACUUGACACAGUCUGAAUGAUGAAUGAAGUUUUAGAAUAUUUGUGGCAGCUACCUCUUCUCUUGAAAUUCUUGUGAGUGGUAUGGGAAAACCAAAAUCCCUUGAUAAAACAUUUCUGUCUCAUGAUUCCUGCACACAUUAGAGUUGAUUUGCUUCAUUUCUAGAGGAUGGGAAUUUACAAAUCUGGUGACUUUUCCUUCCUUAGAUAUCAGAAAUUCUCCAAAAGGAGACAGAUUUGUGCUUUUUUUUUUAGGUCUGGUCAUUAAAACUUUAAUAAAUGUAGUGUAAAGAAAAUCCAUACCUACAGUCUGUAUAACAAAUGUGAAUUUUUUGAUAAGAUUGUGUUCUUAAUGUAAAAACAGUUUGUAUCCAGUGAAAUGCCUAAUAAAGUCCUGGUAGCAACUA